AUGCGACCAACACGAUCGACACAAUUGCUUUGCUCACGCCUGCUAUCGCGGGACAUUACUGUCGCGAGACAAUGUAGUUUCCGGUAUGCUGUCUCAUGUACUCAUCGCAGCUUCUUCCAGAGACUGACAAUAGCUGCUCUCAGUCCUUCAGCUCUGGUCGCUGUCACAGCAAACAAUACACCCAGCAUCCGACACUUCAGCAAUACACGUUCCACCCUCAAGAAAGGUGGCAAAGCAGCACGAGAAGCUUCACGCUCCGAUUCGUCCGCAUCCUCCUCAUCUACCUCCGCAGCCGCAGCAGUAGGCUCAGAAGACCCUUUCGACUUUAGCGCUCUGGAGUCAGAUAUCAAUGAUGCCGUUGAAAAACUGAAGAGCGAUCUUUCGCAGCUGAGACAAGGAGGAAGGUUCAAUCCUCAAGUACUCGAGAGCUUGCGUGUGCAGUUGAAACAAGGAGGACCCGUGAAGCUUGGAGAUCUAGCACAGGUGGUGCCCAAAGGAAGAGUUGUGCAGGUCGUGGUUGGCGAGCAGGAAGUACGUAUUUCUCUCUUAAAACCCCCCCUCCUGCAGUAUUCGAGAGAAGAUCAUACAUACCAACAUCCUUACCACCAGCAUCUCAAAUCAAUCACCUCAAGCAUCCAAUCCGCAAACCUAAACCUCACACCCCAAGCCGACCCCACGGGCCAGAACCCUCUCCUCCUCAGCAUCCCCAUCCCGCCUCCCACCGCCGAAUCCCGCAAACAAGCUGUUGCCGCAGCAGCAAAAGCAGGAGAUGUGGCCAACAACUCUGUCAGGAAUGCGAGACAAGGACAACAGAAAAAGCUUAGGGCUAUGCAGUUGGCCAAGAGUGCAAGACCUGACGACUUGAAAAAGGCGGGCACGCAGAUGGAAAAAGUUGUCGAGAGGGGUGUGCAGGAAGUCAAGAAGAUUGUGGAUGGGGCUAAGAGAGCUUUGGAUGCUUAG